UCCAAGUUGAUCUACACUAGAAGCCGUCGAAAUACCUAGCUUGAGAUAUUCAUAAUGGAGAACGGCGCCGGCGCCGGAGCCAUAACUCAGUUAAUAGAGAGCGGCGGCGGCGGCGGCGGUCAGCCUGUGCCGAAAAGGCACGAGCUGGUUGUGCAGCUACAGUUUCCAAGCGGCUUCCACUUCUCCCCGACCGACGAGGAGCUGGUGGAUGUUUACCUCCGGUGCAAAAUCGAGGGAAGAAAGGCGCCUCUCGACGUCGUCAACGAGGUGAACAUCAUGUGUUAUCACCCGGAAAAUUUAAUAGAGAAGUACAGGGCGUACGGUGAGCACAGGUGGUUCUUCACCAUGGUGAGGGAGGCGUCGAAGACGAAGAAGAAGGGGGAGCCCAACAGGAAGGUGAAGGUUGACGACGUGGAGGUGGGCAGCUGGAGCGCGACGGGGAGCGUGGUGCAGAUCCACAGCACCAAGGAGGCGAACCGCAAGGCGAUCAUUGGGAGCAAGAGGGUGCUGACCUUCAAAUCAGCGAUCGCCUCCGAGGAGGACAGAUGGAGCAUGCACGAGUAUGUCAUGGCAGGGAAAUCCGAGAUGGGUCAGUACGUAUUGUGCGCGAUACAGCUGAAGCAAACCUACGAAGCCGAGAAGAAGGCAGCGGAAGACGGCAAGAAACAUAACAGAAGGACGCGGAAGGCCAAGAGGGUGGCCGCCAUGGGCGAGGCACAAGAAGAAGGGCAGCACGAAACACCACCGCCUGAAGAAGAUGUCUGCACUUCCAUGGCUAGCAUGUUUGCAGCAGAAGAAGAUGUCUGCACUUCCAUGACUAGCAUGUUUGCAGCAGAAGAAGAUGCAGCCAUGGCUGACGCCAACGACGGCAUGGCGCAGGCAGACCACCAAUCCUCCGAAAGCUACGCGGCGAUGUGCAGCGAGGCGGAGCCCGUGUACUACGCCGAUCAGUUCGCCUUCGCAGCCCCAGACGACAGCUCCAGCUGCGGCGGCGGAAACUGCCUCUCUUACCAGCAUCCAGCGACCGGCAGCGCUGCAUCAGCUGGACAGGCUCAGUAUCAUGUUCAGUAUUAUCAGAUUUGCAGCCAGGACGGUGGAAAUAUGGGCGUCUGCUCUACCAAUGCUGGCCUGCAUUACAACAUGCUUAUGGGAGGUCAGGUUCAGAAUCAGAUUUGCAGUCAAGGUAAUGUUGGAGUGAUCGGAGGAUCGGAGGAUUGGACAGCUUUCCAUGUGGCAGUCAGCUGUGAUCAACUCAUUGCAGCUCAACAGGUUGAAAGGCUGCCAAUUGGUGAUAUGUCAUCAAGAACAUAUUUCCAGGAUACAGAUAUGAAUGACUUUAAGGAUAUUUUUGGUGAUGAUGACAAUGUAGAAAUACCAAAUCAAUGGGAGUAGUCUGUAGUCAUACAUCCAUCGCUUAUCCGCCAACAUGAGCUCCAAGAGCCUUGCAGACAAGAGAACACAAUGCGAACGGGCAGAUGUAUUGUUUAUGCAGCAUCCU